UUAACAGGCUUUCGUUUUUAGAAAAAAAAAUGCAGUGCCGUGAAAAACAGAAAGCUAUAAUAUUCACUUUAACGUAUUAACAGUGCAGUUCUUGCAGUGUCGACAUAAUGACAACAAACUAAAGUUGAGCCAGCAACCUUUGUGUUAUAAUUAACGUGCCAAGUGUUUCGCAUGUGUGCUAAUUUAAAUACAUGAUUAUUUAGUAGUUAUACACAACAGUAUGGAAAAAGUGGAAUUUGAAAAACUCUUAAACAUAAUAGGAAAAUGGGGACAAUUUCAAAUCCGAGCAUAUAUCCCUUUAUGCUGUGUUGUAGUUUUUAGCGUUUUUCAAAUGAGUUAUAUUUUUGUUGCACGUGAUACAAAAUACAGAUGCAAAAUUCAAAACUGUCGAAAUGAUUCUGAACUUUAUAAUCCAACAUGGCUAAAAAACGCGGUUCCUUACAAAAACAACGUACCCAGUCGGUGUCUGCUUUAUAUGCCGAUGUACAAUAAUACUUGCACAGAUUUUUAUAAAAAUGAAACUUACACUUGUCACGCUUAUGUGUUCGAAAAGAAGCAAACGACUAUAGUGCAAGAUUUUAACAUUACUUGCGACGAAAAUUUAUGGAAAUUAACACUAGCUGGUACUGUGAGUGCUAUAGGGGAACUGUUUUGCCUUCCCUUUGUUGGAUUUCUGUCAGAUCAUUUUGGCAGGAAACGUAUGAUAAUAGCUAGUUUGGUAUUUAGUACAACCGUAGGCCUUAUGAGAUCAUAUUCACCUGAAUACAUUGUCUACAUAAUUUUGGAAUUUUUAGAUACUGCUUUAGGUUCAGGUCUUUAUAGUGGGGCCUUUAUUUUAGCUUUAGAAAUUGUCGAUAAAACAAGACGUAGCACUGCUAAUACUAUAAUCUCUCUUGCUUUUGCACUGGGACAAGUAAUUCUGGCCACAGCAGCCUGGAUAACAUCAUCAUGGAGGAUUUUUCUUCGUGUUAUAUACGCCCCUGGAGUUUUAAUACUGUUUUCUUUAUGGUAUAUCCCAGAAUCUGUAAGAUGGCUCAUUCUAAAAAAAAGAGCAAAACAUGCACACAAGGUAUUAAAUACAAUGUCUAAGAUGAAUGCAGGAGUGGAGUUUGACAAAGAUAUUUUAACAACAGAAUUCAGUCAACAUCAAAAUGAUCGAAAACUUUCCUUUCCACUUAAAGAAGUUUUUAAAUCGAAAAAAAUAGUUAUUAGAAUUAUCCAUUGCUCUUUUACUUGGAUAUGCUGCACUUUUCCCUAUUACGGUCUAACAAUACAGUCAGUGACUUUAUCUGAAAAUGUUUAUGCAAAUUUUAUAUGUACCUCUUUAGUAGAGGUUCCCGCUUAUUUUAUAACACAAAGUAUAAUUGAUCGUUUUGGCCGUCGAAAAACCUUAGGCUUAAGUUUGAUUACUGGAGGAGUUUGGUGCGUUUUAGUAAACUUCGUAGACGAAUCGAAGUGGUUAAGUUUGGUAAUUUUUUUAAAAGGAAAAUUUUUUAUAACUGUAUCUUAUACCAUACUGUACAUCUACACUGCCGAAUUGUUUCCAACCAACUCAAGGCAUUCAAUUUUUGCUAUCUGUUCUAUGUUUGGAAGAAUCGGAAGUAUGAUUGCUCCACAAAUUCCACUACUGGAAAGAAUAUUCAAAUCAUUGCCUUUGAUAAUAUUUUUUGCGACGGCAGUUACAAGUGGUGUUUUAGCAUUUUGGUUACCAGAAACAUUGAACACUGAACUACCCAAAGACAAUAAUGAAGCAAUCGAGAUAGAAGAACAAGGAGGAUAACAUAUAUAUGUAUUUUUUUUUGUCGUAACUACUAACUUAUUUUUUGUAAAUAUAUGUAUAGUUUUUUGUUA